UUCCUUCUAUCUCUAGGGAAAGGGCGAGAAGCUAUCUGACUGUUGACAAGACAUGAGCAGUGCCCUCGGAAUGCCAGCAAUCAAUGGAUCCAUUCACUAAGAAGCGUGAUAAACUUGGGAAACAUUUAUUGCCACUUCCUUUCCUUUUAUAUACAUAUAGAUACAUCUCGAUACAUCUCAGCAAUUGUUCCUCUUUGAUCCUGCAGUUUAUCCAAUCUUAGAAAGCUUCCAAUUAAAACCUUUCAGGUUUUGAAUAUCUUUCAAAAGGUGAAGAUGACUUUCAAAAUCGAAGGAGUAGCAGAAAUGUCAGCUAAUAAUCAGAUUAAGGAAAGGCACGAUGAGGGCUACCUCAAAGGCAACCAUGGAGGCAAUUCGAAGGAGUGGUUGAGCUUGAGUCUUGGCAGGCAUGAGGAUAUUGUUGCUUCAGGAAGAGGUUCCCAAUCAAAAUACGCUUCCAACAAGUUCUUCUGCAACUUCUGCAGAAGAAAAUUCAGUAGUACACAGGCACUUGGUGGCCACCAGAACGCCCAUAAAAGGGAGAGGGGAGUAGUUAGACGAUACCAGUCCGAGAGGCUGAUGGCAACGAUUGGUUUGCCCAUAAAUAUGGCGCGGUCACGUGGUGUUCAGCCCCAUUCACUUGUGCGCGAACUUAGCACAGAAUGGAGACCUGUGGCUGCAAGAUUCAAUGAUUCCAACGAAGAGAUUGUGGGAGCAUGGGCAGGAUUCAUGCACAGAGAAACAACUUUGAAGUGGCCAGGAAGUUAUCAGGUGGAUCCCCAACCAUCUAAACCACCACCAGAGUUGCUAAAAGUCGACUUGGACCUCCGCCUAUAAUCUCUCCAUCCUUCUAUAAAAUUAAAUGAAAAGUUCUGUAAUCCAUAUUUCAUGAAGUGUCUAGUGUACUUUAACAAGCAAAAGCUAAGUUCAAAUCAUUUCUUA